GUACUGGUAGCGGGAACGCCAAACGUCUUUCAGAUCUGCGAGAAUGACUAAGCAUAUUUAUCGAGAAAACGCAAAAGACAGAGGGAUUCGGGCAUUUUCGAGGCUGUUUUGUUCUCGGCCCUGAAAAAUUAUCAAGUUGAAAGUUGUCAUGGAUGGAAAGAGAUCGAUUAAGAUGGAUCCGCUGUCGCCUGGCCCAUGUCUAGACAUUAGUGACGAUGAGCUUGUUUCAAUAUCAGUACGGGAUUUAAACAGACAGUUGAAAUUACGUGGAUUGUCCAGAGAAGAAAUUGUACGUAUGAAACAGCGAAGACGCACGCUGAAGAACAGAGGCUAUGCAGCCAGUUGUCGCAUAAAACGUAUUGAGCAAAAGGAUGAAUUGGAGUCUGAAAAGACUCAAGAGUAUCGUGAUAUGGAAACUAUGCAGGAGGACAACAAUCGUAUGAGGGAAGAGAUAGAUUCCUGGCAUUCAAAGUACCAAGCACUCAAAAAGUUUGCUCAAGAAAAAAAAAUUAUUAUUCCACCAGAUUUGGAAAAUAUGUUUAGAAAAACAAUAUUUUAUGGAACACACACAUAUAAUACUGGAAGAGGAAUUGCGCCUAUGCUGACCCCGUAUACCAUGGUGGAAGAGAUUAACCACGGUGGAAAUAUACAGAUGUAGCAUUGCGCAUCCUGGUGUGGGGAACUGCGUCCACCACUCUCUCUCCUAGCGCAUGUAGUGGUAGCAAGCUUGGGGAUAUUUUAGCGCGCUAGCCGCCUGCUGGUGGCAGUUUUGUAACCAGAAAAAUAGUUAGAUCGACUCGGGCAGUCGACACGAGCAGU